CGCGUCCAAAACCGCAUACUACUGCACUAAAGAGCGCGAGAAAACGUCUUCCGUUAACGUUAUCUUCUCGGUCCGUCAUACUGACCCGAACACGGGAAAGGAAGAAGCCUUAGGAUUUUACCAGCCACCUCCCCCUCCUGCAAGACAUCUUUAAAGUUAAAGGGCAGGACUGUGGCAGACAUGUUCUCCACCGAGGCUCCCUAAAGACAGAGAAGGGAUCCUCACGCCUGGCACAACCCUGCAUUAGGACAUGACGUCCAGUUGACAUCCAGAUCUGGUUUCCUUCUGCACGAUGUGCGUCUCUGGACUCUAGCACACCAUUCCGUCUCAACAGGUCAGUCGGGGACGGGCAUGAAGAAAACAGCGCAGUGGUCCAGGGAAGAGAUCACCAUCGAGCCACUCAUGGAGACUCACCCGAACGGCCAGGCUAACGGCCAUGCAGCCGGCACCGGGGGCAAGACCCCGCGUAACGGAUUGGUCAACGGUUUUCAUAAGGAAGUGGUGCGAAUUCAAAUCCCCGGUCCACCUAGCUCUUCGUUUCCCACCGAGUGGAGCAAGACUGCCAUGGCCUUGUUGUAUGCCAUCUGCUGCUUCAUUUUAACCACCCUAAUGAUCUCCGUCGUCCACGAGCGUGUGCCUCCCAAGGAGGUGAGCCCUCCGUUACCUGAUAAGUUCUUUGACUUUUUCGACCGCGUGGAAUGGGCUUUUACUGUCUGCGAGAUUAACGGGAUGAUCCUGGUGAUCUUAUGGAUCUUACAGUGGAGUCUCCUGAAACACAAGUCCAUCGUCGGUCGGCGGUUCCUGUUCAUUGUAGGGACGCUGUACCUGUACCGGUGUAUCACCAUGUACAUCACUACUCUGCCUGUUCCAGGGAUGCACUUUAAGUGUUCAGCUAAGCUGCAUGGAGACUGGCAGUCCCAGAUAUGGAGGGUGAUGAAGAUGCUCGCCGGAGGAGGUUUGACCAUCACCGGCUCUCAUCACAUGUGUGGGGAUUACCUGUACAGCGGCCACACGGUCAUGCUGACCCUCACCUAUCUCUUCAUUAAAGAGUACUCUCCGAGACGCUUCUGGUGCUAUCACUGGGGAUGUGGGACCCUCUGCGUCAUGGGCGUGUUCUGCAUCCUCCUCGCUCAUGAUCACUACACCAUAGACGUGGUCGUUGCCUACUUCAUCACCACACGCCUCUUCUGGUGGUACCACACCAUGGCUAACCAGUCAGAACUCAAGGCUGCAUCUCAGAGCAACUUCCUGUCGCGCGUGUGGUGGUAUUGGGUUUUCCUGUAUCUGGAGCGGAAUGUUCAAGGCGUCGUCCCUCGCAGCUACCACAUCCCCUUCUCGUGGCGAUCGAUCCAGUGGGGCACGGUGAAGUACACCAGGAUCGACUCGGACUGAUCGUCGAAGCUCAAUCUGAAGACUCUUAGAGUUCCCUUAAGUGCCAGGUCAUGCGACAAAACAAGCCAAUCCCUUUAGCGCUCGGCCGCGAGGCGCGGCCCGUCCGUCCGAACAUCUUCCGUCCGGAGCAUUUCAUUCCUCACUCACUGCCCGCAUUCCCUCCGCGUUGGUGUUCCGGGACGUGUUUGUGGGGUGAAGUAUACAAGGCCAGAGCGAUAUUAACGAAUGCCUUCAGCCACCUGCCAAAUGUGGUCAAACGUGAUCUUUAACUAAUUCGGUGUACGAUCUGUCCUCUGUUCCUUGACCACACAGUAAAGUGAACCAGAUAUUUUCCACUUACAGACUGAGCCAGUGUGCCAUGUUUAUACGACCGACCUACUCGACAGGGCGGAAUCUAAAUCCGACCAGAAUCUGCAGCGACUGUUCUCUUCACCCGAGCGUAGAAGUGUCCCUUUAAACUAAAAAUCCUGUUAUUUUUUUCCACAAAAUGACUUGCAGGGAAGGAGGAGGUUCAAGGAAAAGUGCAGUUUUGUAGCUCAUCCACUCCAACAGGAAAAUUUCUAUAAGAAAUGUAUUUUUCAGAGUAAACCCCUCACCUUUUUUUACAUGGAGAGCAAAAGGACAAAAAAUGACUGUUUCUCGUGACACGAACUUCCUCAGUGCCUUUCACACCAGGAUUGUCCGGUGAUCCUGUG